GCUUUCCAAGUGGUGUUCCCAAACAGAUGCGGAUCUACAGCGGCUCGGACAUGUUGUGGACUGAGAGCUGAGGUCUUCAUCGGAGUGAAAAAGACGAGAAACAUGCCCUCUCCAACAGCACACGUCUGAAGUCUGAGCUGCCCAUCUGACUUGAAGAAGAGGGCAGACCAGCUGUGUCCAGUGUUGACGACCUUUGACCCGGAAGUCGAACAUGAUCUGAAAACGGAACGCCGCAUCACGCCCUCUCCUCCUCCUCCCUCUUUUUUGUUUACUUUUCUUUUUCUUUAACUCUUCUCGGCGUUAGACGAUCUCCGAGCUCUUUCUGCGGCCGUGCCAGCAGGAUCACAGCAGAAGAGAAGCGACACACGACGACCAAGACCAUCGAUUGGUGAUUUGUGACCUGACCACGCCCCCUUGCUCCUCCCACCACACGCCGCCAUCAUGGGGAGGAAAAAGAUUCAGAUUCAGAGGAUCACCGACGAACGCAACAGACAGGUGACGUUCACGAAGCGGAAGUUCGGCCUGAUGAAGAAGGCGUACGAGCUGAGCGUGCUGUGCGACUGCGAGAUCGCCCUCAUCAUCUUCAACCACUCCAAUAAGCUGUUCCAAUACGCCAGCACAGACAUGGACAAAGUUCUGCUCAAGUACACAGAGUACAACGAACCGCACGAGAGCCGCACCAAUGCAGACAUCAUCGAGACAUUGCGAAAGAAAGGCUUUAACGGCUGCAACAGUCCUGAGCCGGACGGGGACGACUCCAUCGACCAAAGCCCCCUGACUGAGGAGAAGUACCGCAAGACCGACGACCUGGACAGCCUCUUCAAGCGCUACGGCUCCACCGUGCCACAGCCCACCUUCUCCAUGCCCGUCACCGUGCCCGUGUCCAAUCAGAACCCAGCAGCAGCAGCAGCAGCCGCUCUACAGUUCACUAACAACCCGGGGGCGCUGGUCACUACCACGUCCUUCGUAAGCUCCGCCCUCACAGACCCACGCCUCCUGUCGCCACAGCAACCGGCCCUGCAGAGGAACGCCGUGUCCCCCGGGUUACCACAGCGACCAGCCAGCGCAGGUGCUCUGUUGGGGGGAGACCUGGGGAACUCAAAUGGAGCAUGCCCAAGUCCAGUCUCAAAUGGCUACAUCAGUGCGCGGACCUCCCCUGGCCUGCUCUCCAUCUCCAAUGGCAACAGCAUGGGCAAGGUGGUCCCAGCCAAGUCCCCCCCUCCCCCCAGCCCUCAGAUGGUCAACAGCCGCAAGCCGGACCUGAGAGUCAUCACCUCCCAGGGGGGCAAGAGUCUCAUCCCACUGACAGACGAAGAGCUGGAGUUGGUGAGUGAGAAUGCCCAGCGGUUAGGGGGGUCCCAGAUGGCACAGUCGCUCACAACUCCGGUGGUCUCCGUGGCAACGCCCAGUCUCUUAGGUCCCUUCUCUGGGCUACAGCCCUACAACACCGAGUACCAGCUGAUGAGCGCGGACCUCACGGCGCUGCAGACCUUCACACCUCCGGGGCUGGUGCCUGGCAACAUGGCUGCCUGGCAACAGCAGCAGCAGCAGACGUCCAUGGGCCAGACUCAACAGCAGCAGCAGAUCAACCUGGGCCCCCUCAGCAACCUCGUGCCCGUGAGCCACCUGUCCCCCGGCACCGCUCUGACAGUCAACACCAACCCCAACGUCAGCAUCAAAACUGAGCCUGUAUCCCCCAACCGAGACCGCAGCACCCCCAGCUCCAUCAGCCAGGGGGCGCUCAACCACAUCCAGGUACCAGGGGCCUCCUCCGCUCAUCAAGGCCUGGUGUCCAUCGCCUACCCCGGGGCUCUGAGGCUGGACGCGGGGGGCCAGGGCCGCUCCCCCGUGGACAGCCUGAGCAGUAACGGCAGCUCGUACGAGGGGAGCGAGCGCGAUGGAGGGCCGCUGGAGUUUGGACACCAGGCUGGAGGUCUGGUUCAGCAGCAGCAGAUGGUCCUCCUCAGGCCCUCCUCCACAGAGCCCCAGGACCAGGACGGGACCAGCGUCAAGAGGAUGAGGCUGGAUGCGUGGGUCACAUAAACGGGCUGUCCCCGAAACAUGGAGGAGGAGAUGUGAACUUGCCCAGUUAGACUAAGCUCCCUCCCCCAAAGUUGAAACAGACACACACUAUCUGCCAUACACACAUAUACAUAUACACACACACUCACACACACUCACACACACAGAGUCCGAGGAUGUGACCACAUGAGCUGGCUAUGUUGUAGUUUUGACACAGGACAUAGUAGUGUAUCAGUGAAUGCAGUUUUACACAGCACUACAGAAGGACUGAAUAGUAAUAAUAGGCUCAUAAAAGUCUGAUUGAAUGAAAUGAAAUGGUAGGUGAAAUGAUCACCCAAAUAAUGAACUACUCAAAAUAAAAACAAGGCCUAUGUGAAUGUAAAACUACUCAAGUAUUGAGUAAUUUUUGUCACAAGUUGUUGUUUCACCCUUCUGUGUGAUCACAGAGGAGUGUGGCUGUUUUACACUGGAUGCCCUUCCAGUUGCCAACCAACCACUACAAGCUAAGUCAUACUUCAUAAGGGGUUUGUUCUUGCACCUGGAGCUGUCAGAACAAAAUGAAUUCAUUAUUCCCUCACAGCCUGUUCUUGACACAUCUGCAGAGCAGAAGUUUGCUCUUGCAGGGCUGUCAGACAGCGGCGCUAUGAUUGGUUGGAUUUUCAAGGUGGGUGUUGCCAAUUGUAAAUUUAUUUUGUGAAAUUAAGAAAUGACAUUUUCACUUUGAUUAACAUAUUAUCAACAGUUAUCAGUACUGUGUUGCUACUGUACUGUUGGUAAUCUCCACAGCCACUGCAGUUUGACUUGACAGGGAGAGUCAGAGUGAACCUUGAGAUGUCUGUUCUUGUUCUAAGUGCAAGAACAAACCUCUUACUACUUAUGAAGUAUGAACUGGCCUUAAGCCUGACCACAGUACGUAAUCUUUUUUGUCUUUUCUGUUUAGUUUUUCUUCUAGUUUUCUAGAUAAAGUGUUUCAGUUAACUGCAAAACUCUCACCAUUUCCCAGCAGUGACCACAUCCUUGAGACAGACCACAGCAUGCUCCACUCACAUCCAUGUCUCAUCUGGACUCACUCACUUUCUCUCUACAUUAAAACUCGGCUGUACUCACUCGCACUAAACCCUGUAGACGGGUUGAGACGCCAAACCAGGGAUGUCCAUAGACUCAAAUUACAACAUCUCAAUUUUGAAGAUGAUCGCCAACGUUCACUAACCUCCCAGAACCCCACUUCAAGAUGGCUCCUCCAAACAAGUCCACCAGCUUUCUUAACAUCGAAUCGUCACUGCAAAAUCUUCGGGCCCGACCGCUUUUUUGCUUUUUGCUUUUUGUGUUUUGUUUUUUUUGUUUCUUUGCUGUAGAUUUUGGGCCAGUUUUGCUCUCCGUACAUCUUUCUGUCGGACUCUCAUGCUACACCCGCUAAUGCUUACGUAGCGUUGUACGUUAGCAGCUUCAAAAAACGAGGAAGAGACGCUACAUUUGAGGUAAAAGACUGAGUUAUUUUGAAUCAGGGACGAGCUACAGUGGCUCUAAAGACACUACGGAAAAUUUUGGGAACGACAUAAUGCUGAGAAUAGUGUGUGUGUGUGUGUUUUGUUUACCUCAAAACGGUUGCUUUUUUUGAAAUGGGCAGACAUGUUCGUUCACAAUUGUACGAUCUCACACGCCAAUGCACACAACUGAAAUUAUUUUUGUGAAGUUUGUUUGAAUGGAUUGAUAUAGUUUGGGAAAAAAAAAAAUACGGGGGGGUUUAAAGGGUACCAUGUAUAUAAGCAAUCUUUGUGAUCUUUGGUGUGGCGAGGGGUACGGCGUUUUGAAGGUUGAGAAUUAUAUAUAUAUAUAUUUAACACUACACAUCUGACAGGGAUUGUACAUAGGAGUUCUUUGGAUAUCCCUUAGCGAAAUGCGUUGGCCCGCUGUUGUUGUUACAUUUGUGUAAAUAUGCGGUGGGAGCAGAAGGGGGCGCUGCAGAGUAAAAGGGAAGAUGUAGCCGUGGUGACGUGACUGUUUUUUGGAGUGAGCGACGUUACGAGGACUCUGUCACUGAUGGAGCGCACUUUAACCCCUCCUCACCCCCCUCACGCACACACUCGCGCACACACACACACACAUACACACACACACACACACACACACACACAGGGCACUACGAUGUUAUGUAAUCUGUGCUAUUUAUUAUUGUGAAUCAGGCAAUCAGGAGUCCAGAGCUUAUUUGGCCAUCUUUCAUUAGCUUCAGUGUCAGCGUCAUAUUUGAUUGUACUAUGUAUAAUUAUUGUUCGAUAUUAAUAACAUAUUACACAAAAACAUUUUAUAUUUGAAUAAUAAUGAAAUGAUAUAUAAGUUAAGAUAACAAUAAGUGAUAGUUUCACAAAAUUCAAUGGACAGCUCACAACAAAAUGUGCUUUUACAUAUACUAUGGAACUUUUAUUUAAUCUAAUUUAAUAUUAUUUAUUUCUCGGACAAAGGCAUUGUUUUGAAUGACACUAGCUUCUCUAACAGGCUGUGGUGACUUUUCAGAGGUAAAACCUGCGUAUGUUUCAAACAGACACGCUGUACACAUGUGUAUAGGACGAGCCAAGGACGGCCUGCUCACGGUCAGUUUGUGGUCACUUGGAUCCAAAGCUUUCCUAAACUAAAGCCAUGUUUUCUGAAGGAUGUCUCACAUGGUCCCUCCUCGACAGGAGUGACCUUUGACCCCAGCCAAGGCCGUGUGCACAGGAUGUCAUUUAUACUGGACAUGUCCAGAGAGCUCAGUGGACCGACCACUGAGGACAGACCACUGAGGAGUAACGCUAUGUGCGUUUUGUCUGAAUGUGUUUCCAGCUCCUACAGAUACUGUAUCUUCAACAAAUUCUAAUUCACCACAUUGAAUUGUUCUCUUUAACCUAAUUUAUUAUUUGUUAUAGGUCAUGGAACUAUCUACAAACAAACUUUUGUUUUAAUUAGUUAUUUAUGAAAACAGGUUUGUUUGGUCCAUCAGUCAACCAAUUGACAAGCUUCUUACUCCAAGUGAAAAUAUUUGGAAUGUUUUUAGUCAUAAAGAAAACCUCUUGGAAACAUGGCUGGACUGUGUCAGUAAAGUGACAUCCUUUGCAGUCAGCGUCUUUUGCUGAGGCCUCGCUGGAAUCACAUAUCGACAAUCGUCCUCAGACCCCUCCGACACAGAGCUCCUCUCUUGUUUGGAAGUCUCACUCUUGUGUGUUUUCUCGUUUGAAAUGUGAUAUUAUUCUUGCGUUGCUGUCGUCAUGACAAUGAAGAAUUCUGCGUUAUCAUUUUGUUUUCUUUUUCUUUUUUUUGUUGAAUUUGACUUUGACUAUAACUAUUCUAUAAAUAUAUUUUUAUUUUAUUUGGGGGGAAUGUUUGUUUAGUUUGGUUGUCUGUUUGCUUUGGGGGUGUUAGCGUAUUAUUGCACGGUUUUAGAGACAAGCAGCAAAUGGUUGGGAUGAAGUGUUCUAACCGCCAUGAUGUCAGCGCAUGGAGCAGAGUGACUUUAGCCCCACGAGUUUCACACACACAAAAGAUCACCUAAACAUAUUGAACAAAAAUAUGAUAAAUGAUAGCUAAUAUAUUGUGUUUGGCUAGUCUUUGGCUUUUUGUUGUAAAGAUAAUAAUUUAAUUGUUGUUUUUGGAGAAUGAUAUACAGUUUGUGUAUAUUUUCAUAAUUAAAGUAUGCACUGAUAUGUUAUUACAAAUUCUAUACUGCUUUUACAGAAGUGUUUGUUAUUGUACCAAAGUAUCCAUUGGUCCCCUCCUCUCCUCCCUCUCCCUUUUUGCGUAUGUUUUACCGUAUUUUAUAUAUUAAAUAGACAAGUUGACCUACA